AUACAGCAGCUUUGCAGUUUCAGCACAAUGUGAAAGUGAAAGCCCAGGAAGAGGUCGAAGCCGAGAUGGCUGCCUUGAGAAAGGCAAACCAGGAACUCAAACAACUGAAAGAACCCUGUGUUGAGGAGCAAGAUGUAGAGAUGGCUGCUUUGCGUGAGACAAAUCAGGAACUCCAACAACAGAAGCAGCGUUGUGUGGAGGAGAAGGAUAAAGAGAUAGCUGCCUUGCUGAAGGAAAACAAAACACUGAAACAAGAGAAGGAGCGUUGUGUUGAGGAGAAAGAUGCAAAGACGGCCGCCUUGCAAAAGACUAACCAAGAACUCAAACAACAAAAGGAGCGUUGUCUUGAGGAGAAAUCUGUAGAGAUAGCUGCUCUGCGUGAGAGAAACCAGGAACUCCAACAACAAAAGGAUCAUUGUGUUGACAAAGCUGUAAAGAUAGCUGAUUUGCGUGAUAGAAACCAGGAACUCACACAACUGAAGGAGCGUUGUGUUAAGGAGGAGGCAAAGAUGGCCGCCUUGCAAACAACAAACCAGGAACUCAAACAACAAAAGUUGCGUUGCGUUGAGGAGAAAGAUGCAGAGAUAGCUGCUUUGCUGAAGGAAAACCAAACACUGAAGCAAGAGAAGGAGCGUUGUGUGGUGGAGGAGGCGAAGGUGGACAAGAAAGAGGUUGUGGAGGUGAAAGUGGAACCAGAAGUGAGGCACAAUGUGCAAAUGAAUGCCCUGGAAAUUGAGCAGAAAGUCUUGCGCGGAAACAAUGAGGAACUGAACAUGAAAUAUGGAAAGCUCCUCAAGAUGCACGAGAAGGACAAAGCAGUGAUGGCCACCUUGAGAAAGGCAAACCAGGAUCUCAAACAACUGAAAGAACCCUGUGUUGAGGAGAAGGAUGCAGAGAUGGCUGCCUCUGUAAAGAUAGCUGAUUUGCGUGAUAGAAACCAGGAACUCACACAACUGAAGGAGCGUUGUGUUAAGGAGGAGGCAAAGAUGGCCGCCUUGCAAACAACAAACCAGGAACUCAAACAACAAAAGUUGCGUUGCGUUGAGGAGAAAGAUGCAGAGAUAGCUGCUUUGCUGAAGGAAAACCAAACACUGAAGCAAGAGAAGGAGCGUUGUGUGGUGGAGGAGGCGAAGGUGGACAAGAAAGAGGUUGUGGAGGUGAAAAUGGAACCAGAAGUGAGGCACAAUGUGCAAAUGAAUGCCCUGGAAAUUGAGCAGAAAGUCUUGCGCGGAAACAAUGAGGAACUGAACAUGAAAUAUGGAAAGCUCCUCAAGAUGCACGAGAAGGACAAAGCAGUGAUGGCCACCUUGAGAAAGAAGGAACGCUGUGUGGAGGAAAAGGAUGCAGAGAUAGCCGCCUUGCUGAAGAAACAGCUGAAAAAACCACCACAGGCACUCUCCGUGGUGAAGGAGGAGCUUGUGGAGGUAAAGGUGGAGUUGGAGGUGGAACAGGAAUGGCACGGAUUCAGCACGGAUUACCCUCCAUACCCAUGUGUGGGCGGUGUUGUUUGGAGCCACACCCCCACUGGCGUUGCUGCUGCUGCUGAGGAGCUGGAGCUGAGUCUGCCCGCUUGUUCACCAGCAGCAGCCUGCAGAAGCAGCGAUUGGGACCGGCGUGUGAUCGCUGCCCGGCGAGCAUAG